UAAAAGAGAAUAUGAUGGAAUGUUCUUUUCAUGUGCCAGGGUGGUGGAGUGUCUGGGUAUUCUGAAUGGAGCUCAGCUCUUUUCUCUCAGUAAGGAUGAGCUAAGAACCGCGUGUGGGGACGAGGGCUCUCAUGUCUUCAAUCAGAUCAGUGUGCAGAAAGCCCAAAUUGAGAGGAGUCUCGGAGACUCAGAACUACAGGAGAUCAUGAGGCGACGGCAACAGGAGUUGGACGAAUCAACCUGGGAAUGAUUACAGUCAAUCAAG